AGAAUCUAGCUUACUUACUGGACGUAAAAAACAAGCAUGACUCACUUGUAGCAGUAAACACAUGGUAGAAAAACAUAGAAUGACUUACUUGUAGCGGUAAAAACGUGGUAGAAAAAUCGAAUCUGGAAUAAAAUGACUUACGCAGUAAAAACGUGGUGCACUAUCGUGGUUCCUAUUAGUGCCGCCCCACGUAGUGUACAUAGUAAAAAUUAUGCAGUAGUCAACGUGAAGCUUAUGUCUGACAACUGUGUGUGUACAAAACAUCUAGCUACCAAUCCCACGGGAUCUUCU